AUGAUGCUCAGUCCCGACCAGCCAGAGUCCGAUCCGCCCUGGGGACAAACGGACCCGGACACCCUGCUGGACACUUUCAACGCGGGUGCACGCGGGUCCGUGCCGGCCGAACCCGCGGGUGGAGAGGGCAAGGCGCGCUCUGUGCACGUGCCCGCUCUCAGCAGGGAGGAGAAGAGGCGGAGGAGGCGCGCGACCGCUAAAUAUCGAUCCGCGCACGCCACCAGGGAGCGGGUCCGCGUGGUGGCCUUCAACGUGGCUUUUGCGGAGCUGAGAAAACUGCUCCCGACGCUCCCACCGGACAAGAAGUUGUCCAAGAUUGAGAUCCUGCGACUCGCCAUUUGUUACAUCUCCUACCUCAACCACGUGCUGGAUGUGUGAGGUGCGAGGGGCAGCAGGAGGAAGGACUGAGGAUGAGGAGGACUGUCUGUAACCAGCCACGACUGCUGAAAUGAUUUCUGGAAGCAGCGACAGAGGAUGCUGACAGGACUGGAGGAAUAUAUGGGGUUAUAACGGAGUGGCCCUGUACACAGACACACUGCUGUGCAUCCCAGCAUUAAUGGGAAUAUCACGUUGCUUUGUCAUCAUAGGGAACUGUUCAGUAUUCUUACUGUCAUCACAAAGGAUGGGAAUGAAUGGGGAAAGCUGCUGUAUGUGUAGGCAAACUACUCAAACUUUGCAAUGCCCGACCUAAAAUUUGCUGCCUAUAUCUGUUGUGAAUUUGUUUCCCGUUUGCACCAUUUUGUUUAAAUUACACAAAAAAUAGCCUACUGGACUUUUGUGUGCUUUUAUGUGGC